AUGCACAUCACUAGGAUGGAAAAAGCUCAAGCAUCAUCUCAAGUUCAGAUUCAAUUGGCUUUUGUCCAAUCCAAUGUCGACUAUGCCGUCGAGUCUCUACUCAAGGUCUCGGAUCCUACCUCGCCAGAAUAUGGGCAACAUUGGACCGCGCGAGAAAUCGUUAAAUUUUUUUCACCCCAGGCAAAGGAUGUGUCGGCCGCUGUUGGCUGGUUACAUAGCUCUGGGAUCUCCGCCGCCCAAUUAUCGGGCUCCCAUGGCAGGGGACACAUCUUGAUUGACUUAACUGUUGGUGACGUCGAAAGGCUAUUCAAUACGACUUGUUCCCGCUUCAUUGAUGGACAAAAGGGGAAGAGUUGGAUUGAUUGUGGGCCUUACAAUAUUCCGGAUUCGUUGAGCUCAUCCAUCGACUACGUGGCCACAGUUCGACGAUCUCUUCAGCAGCCUCCACCUCGGGCCCCGAACAAGCCCGAUUUCCGACGGCCACUUGCUCAAGUUCCACAAGCUGAAGCAGACUCAUCGAAUUCUACAAAUGUGGACUGCAACCAAUAUACCGCGCUAUCUUGUUUAAGAAAGCUUUACAAUAUCCCACUAAGCACUACGCCUCAUCCGAAUAACUCCUUUGGCAUCUAUGAAAUCGCUUGGGUCACUUGGCUGCCAGAUGACCUUGACCAGUUCUUCACGAUGUUUCAACCAGACCUGAUCGGGCAGCGGCCUUUCGUUGAGCCAAUCGAUGGAGGUUACCUGCAGACGGAAUAUCAGCUAGAAGCAUUCAACCUGGAACCAGAUUUGGAUUUCGAGUAUGCCAUGGCUCUAACGAGACCUCAACCAGUGAAAAACAUCCAGGUUGGCGACGAACUUCUUGGGGGAGACUUGAAUGACAUGUUAGCGGCGUUCGACAAGUAUUAUUGCGACGCUCUCAAUUCAUCUAUCGACCCUACAUUCCCUGAUCCUCUCUUAGGGGGCUAUAAUCAAACCACAGAUUGCGGCACUGCCACGCCACCUCAGGUUUUGUCUAUCUCGUACUCCAGCCCAGAAGUUGACUUCUCGCCUCAGUACUUGCAGCGUCAAUGCCUCGAGUUCUUGAAGUUGGGACUUAUGGGCGUCACGGUUAUUGUUUCCAGCGGUGACACAGGCACUGCAAGUGGAGUGUUACCUGGAACAUGUAUCGACGCCGACACGGGAGCUUCAAAUGCAACGACUGGCAAAUUCAGUCCUCAAUGGCCAGCUAGCUGUCCUUGGGUAACAUCGGUCGGAGGCACAGAGAAGUCCACAGAAUUCAACCUCUCCGCAACGCUAACCACAUCCACAAUGAAUGACCCGUCUUUGACCAAUGAGACGGCCAUAUAUAGAGAUUUCGGCAAUGGAAGCAUCUUGUCAUCAGGCGGAGGAUUCAGCAACGUAUUUACCGUGCCGCCAUAUCAGCAAGUGGCCAUCUCACAAUACCAAGACCACCAGAAUGUACACCUGGGAACACUCGAGGCUCUAGGUUAUUUCACUAGUGGCGGCCGCGGGUUUCCGGAUGUAGCGGCUCUAGCAUACAGAUACCUUGCCAUAAUCGACGGAAACUUGACUGCUAUUGACGGAACAUCGGCAUCUGCGCCUGUUUUUGCUUCGAUUAUUUCCAUGAUCAAUAACGAGUUGCUCAACGCUGGUAAGAGUGUUGUGGGAUUCAUAAACCCUGCUUUAUAUUCCCAUCCUGAGGCGCUAAACGACGUGGUAGUGGGGCAAAAUGAGGGCUGUGGUGCCAACCCUGCUUUUAAUGCCGCUGAAGGAUGGGAUCCUGUCACGGGUUUAGGAACUCCUGACUACGAAAGAUUGAGGAACAUGUUCUUGGAGUUGCCAUAGAGCAGAGUCGAAGGAUGAUAAUGGGAUUUAGUUAGGCGGAUAAAGUAUAGGGAACACACAUUCUUUUUCGUAUAGAGCCUAGGAAUGGAGAAAAUAACUUUUAGAUGGCAUGAGGCCUUACAAGAUAGCUGUG